AUGGCUGAUAAAAAGGAGGACGAGAAGAAGGAGGAAGACCAACGACUGGAAUACCUGUUCAAUUAUCUUACACAUUCAAGGAAAUUAAAAAUUGACAGAUGGACGAAGAUGUUGUCGAAUGCAGAUUUUAAGGAGAUAAUUACAAAGUUCUUUGGUACCGCGUCGGAGAUGGUCCUCGUGUUGCAAUUGACACCCACCGGUCUUCUGAUGCCCCAACUCAGAAUAACGCAAUCCAAGAGAAAGCAGACAUACUUCUUGAAGAAGAAACCCCAAACGGUCACCGAGCAUAAUUACAAGGAUUUGUUGAUACCCGGUGAUAUGGCACCGAAUCCAAUCGAAGAAUUAGCCGUGCUCGUCGAGGACGCAUACGUACCUAUUUUAUCUAACCCAAAAAAUCACGUCGGUUGGCCGGAAGUAGUUUGUAAAGAUGUUAAAAAGCAAGUGUAUGAUCUUCGAAGUUUAAUAUGGCAGGUAAAAGGAAAAAUAACGGGACAAACGUUGCUACCAAUGCCGAUGGGCAUCGAAGAAAUACUCAAUCAACAAUUUAAUUCAAAAAUAGACUCUUCUAAGCAAUUACAACUGAAAAAUAAUAUAGAGGAAAUUGUAAUAAAAUGGGCAACUCAGAUCAAUGAGAUUCUCAAUGAAGAAUUCUCUAAGUCUUCGAAGAGUGACAAGGAAAUACCUGUUACUGAGAUAGAAUACUGGAACAUGAGACUAAAGAAUAUGGAAUCGCUUUACCGACAAUUGAAAGAUCCGAAAGUAAUGCAAAUAGAAGUAUUUUUAGAAAAAGUAGAAAGUCCUUAUUCGGCGUACUUCAAAAAUUUAGUGAAAAACGUGGUUGGAACUUUAUUGCAGACUAGGGAUAUUUAUCUCUAUUUGAAGCCUCUGGAAUCCUAUUUUCAGGAUGUCGAAAGUACUGAAUUUAAAGACAUAAUGUCGAAGUUAAAGACAUUGAUCCAUUGCGUUUGUUUAAUGUGGUCAAAUUCGAAAUAUUAUUCUAUGGAAAGAAUUAUUGCUCUGUUACGAGAAAUUUCAAAUUUGUUAAUUUCUCAGGCAGUGAAGCAUAUAAAUCCGUCAACUUUAUUUGAAGGAGACAUCGAGGAAAAUAAAGCAAAAAUAGCAGAGGUCUUACCGUAUCUCAAUAGCUAUCAAGAAAUGUUUCGAACAUUUAAAGAGAAAAUAGAGUCUUAUUUUAAAUUACAAGAACCCGUACCUUGGACAUUUCACGAGAAGUUAGUUUUUGCCAGAAUUCAAAUGUUUGAGCAGAGACUUAAAGAAAUUGAGUCGUUGUUCAAUAUAGUACAGGAUUAUUUAAAACUGGAAAGAAUAGAAAUGUCCGGUUUAAAAGCAAAAUCGUUGCUUUCCAUGACUACUGACAUUUACGAAGAGUUUCUUAAAUUGUACCAACAAUUUGCGGAAGUACCUUACGAAGUUUUAAUGCCAGAGGAAACACAGUUUACCGAAGAUUUGAAUGCGUUUUCUGCCAUGGUGGAGCAAUUUGAUCGACGAUUGGCAAGCAUUUUUGUUCAAGUAUUUGCAGAAUGUCAUAACUUAGAAUCGCAUUUUAAGUUUAUUUGGAUGAUGGGUGUAAUUGCCAAUCGACCCAUAAUCAUGGCUCAGUUGUGGUUUAAAUACGAAAACGUGAUUCAAAGAGCAGAUCGACACUUCAGCAAUAUAAAGGGCAUAUUUGACGAGAAUUUUACGUUGGAUACAGAGAGGUUGCACAUAUCAAUAAAUGCCUAUUUACCUCCAGUCGCUUCGUCAUUGUGCUUGUUAAUGAAACUACGUGAGAGAACUCGUUUUCCAAUUCACUGCAUGAGAUUAAUCGAUCAUCCUUUAAUUGCUGCUAAAAUGACAAGCGAACUCAAAGAGAAAUACGAAGAGCUAGAGAUGAUUAUUGAAGAAAAGGAAGAGGAAAUAUUCUCCGCUUGGGAAGAGAAAUUGCCAGAAAUUUGGGAAACACACUUAACGAAAACUCUUUUAACAGUUAGAGAUGACAAGCUGUUAGAAUUGAAUUUUCAUAUACAACUGAGGAAUACUUUAAGAGAGAUUCGUUAUAUGAUAAUCAUAAAGAAGCCCAAUCUUCCUCCUGAAGCAAUAGAAUUUUAUAACAGAACACAAUUCUUUUUUAACAACACCUACAAUCUUAAUUUGAUAGUAAAUUGGUAUAACAGAAUACGAAGUGAGAGCUUACCAGUAGAAUUUAAAUUAGUGGAAGAAGAAGUUGAAGAUAUUGACAAUUUAAUUAAUUAUGGUCAAGAAAAUUAUAAUUGGAAUUCCGAAGAGAUCCCCGAAUACAUAAAUAAUCUGCUAGAAAUUACUUGGAAAUUACACGUCAGAGUUUUUCGAGCACAGAAUAACUUGAAAAAUAUUCUGGACAGAUUAUAUGCCUGGGCGAUGAUGCCAGUUAUUUAUCGUAAAGAUGCAAGAGACGAUAAUGUAUUGUCAGUUGUUGAUAAAAUUGACAGAUUCUCGGAAAGAUAUGCAGAAAUCGAAGCAACAGCUGAACAACUCGAGAGCAUACUGAAGGAAAAUUAUAAACUGUUUUUUGACUUACUUCCGGAUGAUGCCUAUGACAAAGCAAAUGCAGACUUACUUGACGUUCAAACUGGAGAGGAGAAGAAAACAGAAGAAGAAAUCGUUGAAGAAGAAACUGAAGAUAUAUCUCAAAGACCAGCUGAGGAAGCAGCAGGUGAAGCAGAAGGAGCGGAAGGGCAAGAGGAAGUAGAAGAAGAAGAAGAAGAGGUUGACGAGGAGACAUUAGCAAUGAGACGAGAAAAAUGGCAGCCUUAUCUGUACUAUGUGGAUAAUUUAGUUUCCAAAGGGCUUAUUCAAGCGGUUUCCACGAGUAUUUGUUACAUUCUCGACGAGACCGAUCCUGAAGCUGAUAUACACCCUUCAUUUGAAAUCCAAAUGUCUUUGGGAAAUCCCAGUAUCAAUUUCCACCCAUCAUUGGAAUUAGACGAUCCUGAAGGUUUCUACACGUUCUUUGAGUCACUUCUUCUUGACAUGAUAAAAAUGGGCACUCUUGUUCCCCGUGUUGACCCGGAGUUACGUGAAGAACAAGAAAAUUAUGCGAUUGACGUUGCCGAAGAAGACGGAAUUAUAUUCAUGCUGGAAGAAACUUGCAAUCGAGCAAAACUUGCUUUGGUAGAAGUUAAAGAACAUGCUCAGAAAUACGAUACCUACUCGUGGUUAUGGCAGGACAAUAAGCAGGAGUAUUUAACUUAUUUCCUAAAAAUAUGAUACAAAAAGCCAGAUUUAGCAACCUUUAAACGUGAAAUUGACUACUUCAUGGACCUGUACAAGCAAAUUGAUCAAAUGCCUAAUGAAGAGGUCUUUUGUCGAUGGCUGAAACUCGAUUUGAAGUCUUUUAAGCAAACCCUUUUGAAUAUAACUUGCAAAUGGGCUAACGUGCUGAAGGAACAUUUGGUUAACACCAUCACUACUGAAUUGGAAAAUUUGUCAGAGUUUUUGAAAGCAGCAAUGGAGAACUUUUCGCAGCCUAUUCAUGAAGAUGAUUACGACGCACUUUUGGAGACUAUAUAUUAUUUAAAAGAAGUGCGAGAUCGUCAAUUCGAAAUUGAGGAUAUGUUCGAUCCUAUUAAGAAAACAAUAGAACUUCUGCAACAAUAUAACGUGUCUUUAGACCAGAAAAUAUUUGAUUGGCUCUUAGAAUUGCCUGUAAGUUGGGAAACACUGAAGAAAGUGGCUGCUCAAGUUAAGCAAAUCGUUCAACCUUUAAUGACUCGUCAAAUUGAACUUCUGAAGAAGAGGCUAAGCUAUUAUGAUUUCAAACAACAACACUUCAUGGACGAAUUCCAUAAAAAAGGCGUUUUCAAUCCAGAUUAUACAGAGCCUUACGAACAAUUGAACGAGGUAUACGAAAAAGUUUUGAAAUUCCUAAGCGAAGAAAAGGAUUUGCACGAUCAAGCGGUAAUUUUCGAACAAGAAAUGCCUGAAUUUAAGGUGAUCAAGCAAAUACAAAAGGAGAUGCAACUUUUGAAAACUCUGUGGGAUUAUGUGUAUGUAAUUGAAACUUCUUUAAACGAAUGGAAGAAGACCACGUGGAAGAAGCUCGACAUUGAAUGGAUGGACCAAGAGUGCAAGAAACUUCUCAGAGAAUUGAGACAUCUAGACAAAGAUGUGCGUUCUUGGGUGUUGUACAGUAACGUUGAAGCGCAAGUAAGAAACAUGAUGGCAUCGUUGAGAGCUGUUUCCGAAUUGCAGAAUCCAGCAAUUAGAGACAGACAUUGGAAAGAAUUAAUGGCUGAAACGAAGGUAGCAUUCAGUAUGACCGACAACACUACAUUGGAGGAUUUACUAAAAUUACAAUUGCAUAAAUAUGAAGAAGAAGUUAAAAAUAUUGUCGCGAAAUCGGUAAAAGAGAUGGCAAUGGAAAAGGUGUUGAAAGAACUUCACGAUACUUGGAGUACUCUCGAAUUUGGCAAAGAGAUAUAUGAACGUACGAAAUUAAAUAUUCUCAAAAUUGAAGAGGAACAUAUUGAGACCCUUGAAGACAAUCUGGUACAACUGCAGACUAUGCUAGGGUCAAAAUACGUUGGAUAUUUUUUCGACGAAAUUCUUGAUUGGCAGAAAAAAUUGAACAACGCGGAUGCAGUGAUUAACGCAUGGUUCGAAGUACAACGGGCGUGGAUGCAUCUCGAAAGUAUUUUCAUUGGUUCUGAAGAUAUCAGAAGCCAACUUCCGGAAGAAUCGAAGCGGUUUGAAAAAAUUGACAGGGAGUUUAAAGAAACUCUGAGAGAAAUGCUAAGCAAUUUAAAUAUUGUGAAAGCAACCAACCGUCCGAAACUUCUGGAAAAAUUGGAAGAGUUGGAAGUCCAAUUAAAUCUCUGUGAGAAAGCUUUAACAGACUACUUGGAAACAAAAAGAUUAAUUUAUCCGAGAUUUUACUUCAUCUCUUCUGCGGAUCUAUUAGAUAUUUUAAGCAAUGGUAACAACCCUGAACUGGUUUGCAAACACUUGUCGAAACUGUACGAUUCUCUGGCAAAAUUAGACUGGAAAAUGGACGGUGGAAAACACACGAAACUCGCGAUCGUCAUGAUUGCUAAAGAUGGUGAAACAAUACGUCUUCACGGAAGUUGUGAUUGCAGUGGAAAGGUGGAAGUUUGGCUGAAUAAUGUGACAGAUGCAAUGAAGAGAACAGUGAGAUUCCACAUAUCUCAGGCGGUAGCCACUUACGAUGAAAAACCACGAGAACAAUGGAUUUUCGAUCACCCAGCUCAACCUGCCCUCUGUGGAAGUCAAAUUUGGUGGACUACCGAGGUGAACAUGGCCUUCAUGAGACUGGAAGAAGGUUUUGAGAAUGCGUUUAAAGAUUACCAGAGAAAGCAGGUUAUCCAACUGAACACUUUGAUAACAUUACUCUGUGGAGAUUUAAAUGAAAGUGACAGAAGGAAAAUCAUGACGAUUUGUACGAUCGACGUGCACGCCAGAGAUGUUGUAGGCAAACUGAUUUCGAUGAAGGCGGAGAGUUCUGCUAGUUUUCAGUGGCAAUCACAGCUCAGACACAGAUGGGACGACAAAGUUGGCGACUGUUACGCCGACAUUUGUGACGCGUCCUUUAAAUACGAUUACGAGUAUUUGGGAAAUGUUCCGCGAUUAGUGAUAACGCCGUUAACCGACAGAUGUUAUAUUACUCUAACGCAAUCUUUACAUCUUAUAAUGGGUGGAGCGCCUGCUGGUCCUGCAGGAACUGGGAAAACAGAAACCACGAAAGAUUUAGGAAGAGCAUUGGGCCAAAUGGUUUAUGUGUUCAAUUGUUCCGAACAAAUGGAUUACAAAUCUUGUGGAAACAUUUACAAAGGCCUUGCUCAAGUGGGCGCCUGGGGUUGUUUCGAUGAAUUUAAUCGCAUUUCCGUGGAAGUACUUUCAGUGGUUGCCGUACAGGUGAAGUCAGUUUUGGACGGCGUGAAAAGUCGUAAAUCGACGUUUCUGUUCUUUGGGGACGAGCUUAAUCUCGUUCCCACCGUUGGAAUGUUCAUUACUAUGAAUCCUGGAUACGCUGGAAGGACGGAAUUACCGGAAAAUUUGAAAACGUUGUUUAGGUAA